AAGCAGUCGUGCAUCUGGUACAUCGUCCAGCUCGAAGAUUAGUAUGGCUGUCGCCAUGGCAAAGGCAAAGGCUGAAGCAGCGCAAGCUAGAGCAGCACACACGCAGAAAGAAAUCGAACUUAAAGUAGAGCAAGCUCGUGUUCAAGCCAAUCUUGUGACAGCACUUCACCCCUACUCACCUACCUGGAAAUCUAAGGCAUUCCCUUCCACUUCAGAGGAUGGUGGGGAGGAGGACAAAGCAGAAAUCAGAGAGGUUAAGUCGACGUGCACUCAAGUAUGUGGUGAAGGAUUGAGCGCUAGGACAUGUGCUAAGAUCUGCCUUGUUAAUGUGUUCCCCAAUGGCUGCAAGAAUGAGUCUAAGAGAAUGUAUGCCAUACUAGACGAACAGAGCAAUCGCUCCCUAGCACGGUCGGAGUUCUUUGAGAUUUUUAAGGUCUCUGGAAAUUCCUACUCAUACACCCUCAAGACCUGUGCAGGGUGUUCAGAGACGGUGGGAAGGAGAGCCAGUGGUUAUACUGUGGAGUCGGUGGACAAGAAAAUUGGCAUUCGUUUACCUACACUCCUGGAGUGCAACCAAAUCCCUAACGUUCGCACUGAGAUUCCUACGCCGGAAGCAGCCUACCAUCAAGCCCACCUAAAGCGUAUCGCUGAUAAGAUUCCGCCUUUAGAUCCGGAUGCCAAAAUUCUCCUCUUACUGGGGAGAGACAUCUUACAAGUACACAAGGUCCGAGAACAGAUUAGCGGCCCAGGUGAUGCACCGUUUGCGCAAAGGCUUGAUCUAGGAUGGGUCAUCAUUGGUGAUGUGUGCCUUGGAGGUGCUCACAGAACACAAGAGGUGAGAAGCUACAAAACAGCCAUUUUCGAGAACGGCCGUACGAGCUAUCUCCAACCAUGCAACAACCAGAUCAAAAUAAAAGAGGUAUUUGAGCAAGCGUUUAGACCUCAGCAUCAUUCAGCACCAAUCUCCAUCAGUCGUCCAUGA